CCAAUGACGUGUUUCAAAUAAUCCAUAUUGGACACAACAUGGAUUAAAAGUCUUACGAGGUUUUUAUAAUUUGAAAUAUAAAGCCGAUUUUCAAAUUCUGUAUAAAAAUGUACAUCCGGGAUAAUCACAACAUGGCGGAGCAUUGACGCUGCUUACUUUGCAGAACUCGAUAGAGUAUAGCGGGCAGGGCACCCUAAAACCCAAUGCCUCCCCUCUUUCAGAUCUGGAUUGCCGCCAAAUUGCCUACCAGAAAAAAGGAUCCCCACCAAACCAGUAAACUACAAUAUUUGAUUUUAUUGUUGUAACGCAUGCACGAGAGCCUCUGAAUGAAAUGGCUCCAUUGAAAUCGCUGCAGCGUGAGUUUCCAAUUAUCGACUGCAAUUUUCAGCAGUUUUGUGCUUCUCACGGCAUUUAUUCAGUGGAAGACUUUCUUGUUCAUGACCUCUAUUCAUUAGUUGCUUCUGCAGAACAACAGUCUUCUUCAGAGGAAUUGAGGGAGGGAAUUAGUCAAGUUAUCUCUAUCAUAGGAAGUCAGCAUCAGCCAUGGUCAAAUGGUGUGGAGUUGUUGGGAGAUGCUCAAAAGAAUAAGCAUGUCCUGCCAACUGGUUGUGAAGGGAUUGAUAUGCUUCUACAAGGUGGAUUACGUGUGGGUCAUGUAACGGAACUAGUUGGGCCAUCACCUUCUGGUAAAACACAAGUUUGCCUACAGGCUGCUUCAAAUGUUGCAGUCAAGUUCAUGGGUGUUGUUAUGUUCUUAGAUACAUGCAACUCCUUUUCACCUAGGCGCAUGGCAUGCUUUAUCAAUCAACACUUCAACACACCUGUUGAGGAGGUGACACAAAAAGGUCUUAAAAGAGUUAUGAGCAGCAUAUUAUGCCAAUCUGUGUUUGACAUUUUCUCCCUCUUGGAUGUGUUACGUCAACUAGAACUCAAAUUGCAAUUUCAGGUAAAUACUGGAGAUUGUAAGUUGCGGUUGCUUAUUAUCGACUCCAUCUCAUCCCUCAUAACCCCAAUUCUUGGUGGCAAUGGUGCACAUGGACAUUCUUUGAUGAUAUUUACUGGAUUUUUGCUAAAGAAAUUAGCACAUGAAUACAAUAUUUCUGUACUGGAUGCUCCACCUCCUUCUGCUGAGGACUUUCUCGUCUUCUUUCGCAAGCGGUUACGUGCUCUAGCCCCUGCACCUGCAACUCUCCUUCCUUUUGGUUCAGAUCAUCAUCCUACCACUGCUCCUGUGACAAAUCACAUGGUGUGUGGUGAAGGAGGCAUCUUAAAGCCUGCCCUCGGAGAGAGUUGGAAGAGCAUUCCACACGUGCGGCUGCUGCUUUCCCAUGAUCGUAGGAGCAAUUCAUACAAUAUAUCCAUACUCAAGCACCCAGUCAUGGUCUCUGGCAGAGCUGCGAGCUUUACAGUUUAUGGCUGAUGGUAGUGAUGUGCAUUUUGGUCAAGACAGCAUAUAUGUGGACUUCAUAAGCUUCUUUUUUUUUUUGAAAAUUUAUAUGUUAAAUCAUGGUUAUAUAUUGUAAAAGGUGUAUUAAAAGGAUGGAAUUCAGAGUUUGCAUAGCAGAGGGCAUAAAAUGUUAGAAAUAAAUAAUAGCAUUAACUAAGAUAUUUGCUUAAGGAGAAUUGGUACUUAUACGGCUAAAUUGGAUGGGUGGGUUUGUUAUUGAAUUCCGAUUCCAGACCCUUAGUCCGUCUGCUGAAACACCGUCGACUUGUUUGCAUGCCUCGGACCCAUUUCUCUCAUUGGAUAGGGCCGUUCGCUGAGUUAACUUAUGAGCUAUCUAUCUGCCUUAAGGCUUUAUUUUUAAGCAUCUUCAUCAA